ACUCAAACUCCAGUCUGCUCCAUCUCAUGUCAGAGCAACACAUCGCUGCACCUUGAAGCUAAACUCAUUUUUUAAAACGUUUUGGAGAAAUUCGUCCAUGGCAUCGAAGAUGAAAGACAGAAAGAGAACUCCAAUUUCUCACAAAGUCAUUGAGAAACGGAGACGGGACCGUAUUAACCGCUGCCUUAAUGAACUGGGAAAAACGGUGCCAAUGGCACUGGCAAAACAGAAUUCUGGAAAACUGGAGAAGGCUGAGAUCUUAGAAAUGACAGUGCAGUAUCUGCGAGCUCUGCACUCAGCGGAUUUCCCCCGUGGGAGAGAAAAAGGUGAACUUCUGGCUGAGUUUGCCAACUACUUCCAUUACGGAUACCACGAGUGUAUGAAGAACCUGGUGCACUACUUGACCACAGAGGACAGAGCUGAAACCAAAGACAUCAAGUACGCACGGAUCCUCGCCUUCUUACAGUCAAAGUCCCGUGUGAUCACCGAGCCGGUGUUCGGCUCGUUGCCAGAACCAUCUGAAUACCUCGGCCAGUUGCACUCGUCUCCGGAGCACCAGAGCCACAGUCCAUCUGACUCCGUGUACCAGCAGAGUCCACCGGGACACUUCUCCUGGCACAGCUCGGCACGCAGCCCGGGCAUCUCGUACCCAACCGUGCCACUCUCUGCGCACACACAACAGCACGGUGGAUAUUUGUCACCGGUGCAGGGACUCGAUCACCACUAUUUCAACUUCAUCGGGCACACGCACGCAAACACGUUUAGUUUGCACAGUGCGCAACACGCCAUGUAAAUCAUUUUUGCUCUCUUGUCUUAUUAUUUUAUUUAUAUACAUGUGAAUGAUGGAAACUGCUUCUGUAAAUACUGUGAAUAAAUAUUUCUGACUAAAA